UACCUACUGCGAUUGUGUGUGUGAAGUCGCGAAUGACUAUGUGACGGGUGGUGGUGUAUUGGAUUACGUUUUUAAUCGUAUAUAAUUAUUAAUUUUAUGUGAUAAUUUACUGCUUGUGCUCAUAUACAGCGGUUCAUGAACAGCGAUGUUUUUCUUUACCUACGAUUUGACAUGUAAUCGAGUAUUCCUAUGUUCAUAAAAAUACAAUUUGUGAUUGUGAACCAUGAGCAUGUGUCACCAUUCAUCAACAAAUUCUGUGAAACGGUGAACAGUCGUCAUGUGAGGAAGGUUAUGACUAUCAGCUGAAAAUCAACUAGAUUCCUACGGUGUUUGUGUUUAGAGCCAGUGUUAUUUAUUAUUUGUCUGGUGAAGGUGAUAAAUUCAGUCUCAAAAUGGCGGACCUCGAGGCUGUGCUGGCAGACGUCAGCUACUUGAUGGCAAUGGAGAAGUCGAAAUGCACUCCAGCAGCACGGGCUAGCAAAAAAAUCGUUCUACCAGAUCCAAGUGUAAGGAGCGUGAUGCACAAGUACAUGGAAAAGAAGAAUGAAGUUAAUUUUGACAAAAUAUUCAAUCAAAUGUUAGGUUAUUUAUUAUUUAAGGAAUUUUGUGAACAAACAUCAGAAGAACCAGUGCCACAAUUAAAAUUUUACGAAGAGAUUAAAUUAUAUGAAAAACAAGAAUGCAUAGAUGAAAGGCGGAGGAUUGCAAGAGACAUCUAUGAUAAUUUUAUUAUGAAAGAAUUGCUAGCACAUUCACAUGAUUAUUCUAAAGAAUGCGUAGCGCACGUGCAAAAAUAUUUAAUGAAGCACGAAGUACCACCGAAUCUGUUCGAGCCAUACAUUGAGGAAAUAUUCCAACAUUUACGAGGGGAGCCUUUCAAAAAUUUUUUAGAAAGCGAUAAAUACACGAGGUUUUGUCAAUGGAAGAAUUUAGAAUUAAACAUUCAGCUCACAAUGAACGAUUUCAGCGUACAUCGUAUUAUUGGCAGAGGCGGGUUCGGCGAGGUGUACGGAUGUAGAAAGGCAGACACUGGCAAGAUGUAUGCGAUGAAGUGCCUGGAUAAGAAACGCAUAAAGAUGAAGCAAGGGGAAACGCUAGCGCUCAACGAGAGGAUCAUGCUCUCACUAGUCAGUACUGGGGUGGACUGCCCGUUCAUUGUUUGCAUGACGUACGCGUUUCACACUCCGGACAAACUGUGCUUUAUCCUGGACCUGAUGAAUGGCGGCGACUUGCACUACCAUCUGUCUCAGCACGGCGUCUUCAACGAGGCCGAGAUGAAGUUCUACGCUGCUGAAGUUAUAUUAGGUUUGGAGCACAUGCACAAACGUCACAUCGUAUACAGAGAUUUGAAGCCGGCGAACAUUCUGCUGGACGAACACGGACACGUACGAAUAUCAGACCUCGGGCUCGCCUGCGACUUUUCCAAAAAGAAGCCUCACGCAAGCGUUGGCACACACGGCUACAUGGCACCCGAGGUACUUUCCAAAGGCACCGGCUACGACUCGUCCGCCGACUGGUUCAGCUUCGGCUGCAUGCUGUACAAGCUGCUGAAGGGACACUCGCCCUUCCGACAACACAAGACCAAGGACAAACACGAGAUCGACAGAAUGACGCUCACAAUGAGGAGAUACGAGUGCACUGUGUUCCAGAACGUUGAGUUGCCGGAGUCGUUCAGUCCGAGCCUGAAGAGUUUGCUUGAAGGAUUGCUGCAGCGGGACAUCAACAAGCGUCUCGGCUGUAAGGGACGAGGCGCCGACGAAGUGAAGGAGCACGUGUUCUUCGCCGGCAUCGACUGGCAGCAGGUGUACCACCAGAAGUACACGCCGCCGCUGAUCCCGCCGCGCGGAGAGGUCAACGCGGCCGACGCCUUCGACAUCGGCAGCUUCGACGAGGAGGACACCAAGGGCAUCAAGUUGACAGAAGCCGAUCAAAUGCAAUACAAAGACUUUCCAUUGGUGAUUUCCGAGCGUUGGCAAGCCGAAGUCGCUGAAACUGUAUUUGAAACCGUCAACUUGGAAGCUGACAAACUUGAGCAGAAAAAGAAAGCCAAGCAGAAGCAAAAGUUUGACGCCGACGAGAAAGAAUCGGACUGUAUACUCCAUGGAUAUAUCAAGAAGCUUGGCGGUCCGUUCGCGAGCGCGUGGCAGACUCGCUACGCCAAGCUAUACCCCAACCGGCUGGAGCUGCACUUGGAGAACAGCGCCAAGCCCGAGAUGAUCCUACUGGACACUGUCGAGGAGGUCUCCUCUGAUCUCGUGUCCAUCAAAGGCGAGCAGUGCAUUGUGCUGCGGACCAGGAAUGAUACUAAGAUUGUACUCACCAACACAGACGAAAUCGGUUUGAAAGAGUGGGCGAUAUCUCUACGAUCGGCCCACAAGUGCUCGCAGGAGCUGCUCGCGUCCAUGGCCAAGAAGGCGGGCAAGAUCUACGGCACGGACGGCGCCAAGGAGGGCGCGGCGCCGGCGCGUCCCCCGCCCCCCGCGGCGGGCGCGGGCGCGGGCGCGGGCGCGAGCGCAGGCGCGGGCCCGGGCGCCGCGCCGCCCGCGCCGCCGCGCGCGCCCAACGGGACCAACUAGCACGAGCUGCCCGCGCCCAACAAGGGCGCGAAGAUGUUCCGCCGCUCCAAGAGCGCCGCGCAGCUCAUCAAGUGAGCGCGUGGCAGGCGAUGCGUGGCCGCGCCGAGCCGCCCGGCGCCGUGCGUUCGUUCCGCGCAGUGAUCCCAGUGGUGUGAAUAUAAUAUAACUUGCUAUUCGAGCACUCGAGCGCGCCGAAUACCUAUAUGUGUUUGUGCAAUAGAUUGAUCAUGUUUCAAUAUGAAGAUAAAUUAUAACGGUCAAAUCAAAUUUCUAUUAAUUAGAUAUUGUCUUGAUAUCUUAAUGCGAUUGGAUCGUUCAUUGUGCGUAUAUUAUAGAAGCUUCUACUUAAUCGAUUAAUAUCGUAAUUAGAAAUUCUAGCACUUUGGUUACACCUCCAAUUAUUGCACACAAAACUUGUAAACCAUUUUAUGUUAGCUCUGGUGGCUCUCUUACAUAAAGAUUAAGUUUAAUGUUACAAACUGUUCCUUUUACCGUAUUUAAAAUUUGUGAAAAAUAUAUAAUGUAUAAUAUGAAUCUGAGGGUACUUAAACAUUUCACGCUUGUUUCUGUGUUCCAAAAUGGCUAUUCCUCCAUAUUAUAGUGUCAUUUAAAUAAAAAAUAGUAAAACAAUAUAAGUAGAUCUAAUAAAAAAUCUCUUUUCGUAUAAUAUUUAGAGGCAAUACUUUUCUAACAACAUUUAGGUGUGGUGAAUAACAAUAGGUGUAAAGGCAAUAUUUAGAGAAGUUUUAAAGCAUGUUCAAUGUCUGUGAAUUACGUGGGAAUUUAAUUUAAUAUUUAUUCCAUAGACAAUUUAUCGAUGGCCUGGCCAGAAUGACAUUUGUAUGUUGUGUAUAUGUUAUAUUUGUAUAGCAAUGCAAUUUUAUUUGAAAUUGUUUUGUGUCUGAUGCAGAUCCAGUUGUUCAGCUGAACAACUGCUCCAUUCGUUGCCAUAUUAUUUAUCAUAAUACUUGAUCUUUAAUUUCAAUACAUUCUUUCCGUAGUGUAUGAUAAGUUUAACAAUAGUUAAGUGAGUUUGGCACACAUCUCAGUGUGAGAAUAAUAACCUAAGCAAUAUUUGUGGGUGACAGGGUGACACGAUGAAAUCAAAUGGGAUGCACACUACUUUCUGCACUUCAAAUUUAUUCUAUAUGUAAUAUAAAUAUAAUGAACACUAAAAUAGAAUGAAAUAGAAGCUAGAUUAACACGGCAAGUUGGAUACAUUGUAUAUAUAAUACGGGUGGACGCUAUUGACGUACGAGUGUUUGGUAGAUUCCUUCAGUAUGAAUUUUAUUAAAUAAAUAUUUGAAUGUAACUAUAAAAUUUAACACGAGCCUUUAGCGAUUUCGAAGUAGCAAGCAUUAUAAGUAUAACGUAUGGAGUUUACUGGGCGCUACGUUGAUACGUCUUGUAAACGUUAAUAUAUCGAUGUAAUUGUUAGUCGAUGUCGAUAGUUAGGGCGUAGGCGUCGUAUUACAAUAUACUCCUGAUGACGUACGUAAACCACGUCUGUAACAUAUAUUCCUAUACUAUGAUUUAUAAUUAGAUGCUAGUCAAAUGAAUUAAUACGCGUUAAUGAUUGAUUUUAAUGAAAUUAUGUAAUUAAAAAUGUAUAAUGUAAUAGGAUUUGAACAGUAUUAUAGGUUAGUUGUUUGUUUCUUGAUGAAAUCUAUCUAUUGUGAUAUGUUUUUGAAAUGUUCACAUAACAUAGUUGUAUCUGAGCAAUUACUUCCUUUCGAUGGCUAACGUAAUUUAUUUGUGUACUUAGAUGCUAUUAUUUUGUGUUGUAUCGUAUAUUUUUCCAGUGUCAUAUUUCGUAUGGGCUAAAUAAAGAUAUAUAAAUGUAAUUGCACGAUAGAAGAGCACUUGUCGUUACAUUAAUACUAGAAUCGCCAAGUGGAUAGCUAGCUGUUAGCGCUAGGCGAAAGCUCGACCUAAUUCAUGCAUUUUUGAACAAUUCAAUUUGAAGGCCAAAGUAGUUGGGGAUAAUUCUACAUUCCGGUAUGCCAAAUUAGUUGUUAAUGACGGUAAUUUAAUGCAUUUAACAGAUUAAUUUUAUUAUUAUUCACCGACAUAGCUAUUAGCCUUACACAUUAUUAUAUUUUAAUAAGCUUUAGAAGCAAAUAGCUGUAUCUGCAUCAGACAUUUUGUUACAUACCUCUCUUAGAUAAUAUUUUUAUUGUGAAACCUACAUUAUGUGUAGUAAAUUGUUUAUUUAAUCAA